UAAAUGGGCUCUGACGUAUGCUGUCGAUGACCGUGGACCACUGAGGAUAUAAAAGGGGAGUAGGAACCUCACAAAGCAGAAACUGGAAAAUGUUUAAGUUAGCAGGACUGGUGGUCCUCUUCCUAGGCGUGGCUCAGGCCGACAGGGGCAUGCAAUUUUCUGGCGAUUCUCUGAAAAAACUUGCGAUUGAUCAACCGCAGUUUUGCAUCCCCUAUUAUUUAAUGAUGGCCCAACAAUGUGUCAACGUCCCCAAACUGUUCAAUCCACGAAUGUUCAAGGAAUGCGAGCACGGUGAGGGUAGGAAACUCGGCAAUGGUUAUAUUGGACGCCAGGGCGGGAAACUUGCUCAAGGCGUUAAACGAAACUUCAGGAGGAACCGUAAAGUCCGAGAGGCAAAAUGGAAUGAUCAGGGUGGCUUUGGCUUUAGCAGACCAAAAAGCCCAAGUGACUUUAAUAAAAUGAGGCAAUUUGCGGUUGAAAUGACGCCAAAGCGCGGAGGCUGCGACGGGAAUUGUAUGGCAGAGUGCGUCCUGAACAGAACCGGACAUCUCGAUAAAAAUGGCAACAUUGUGUUGGCUAAUUUGUUGGCCAAUUACACGAAUGCUCUCAAUGAUUUGACCGCGGGUAGCAAGGCCGCCUGGAGCCCACUUAUUGCAAAUAUCAUCAAUACUUGCAUGACCAAUGUGUCACAAUCCACGGAGGUGUUGGCAACAACAACAACAACAACCGCGGCAAGUACCGCACAAACGACCGCAGCGAGUGUUCCUGCUGAGCCGAAAAAGGUCUGCAAAAGCGACAGUCGCAGGUUGAUGACGUGCAUUCAGAUUGCAUUAAUUACUCAAGCGCCCAGCUCCGAACUGAAAUCAGCCACAAACGCACCUUCGGUUGAUCCAACUAUGCCGACCUGCGCCGAAAGAACGGCCCAGUUGAAUGGAUGCGACUUUAAUUACAUGCUUACUCCGGAUCAACUCCAACAAUAUUUUGGGGGGUCCCGUCAGAAUGGACCUUUGAGGUCACAAAAUAGAGGCAGGGGCCAGCGAUUGACAGGAGGCACCAAACAAGGCAGCAGUGAAGAGAAUGGAGGGCAACCAGGGCAACCCGAUAUGGACGAUGGAAAAUAAUUAUUUUUGAGGUUGCAAGGUAUGGGAAAAGGGAUUUUUGCAGUGUGAUAAUGGGAUGGUUGCACAUGUUUUAUACUUUAAAGUUUUUGAGACAAACGUACCUUGCAGAAAUGAAUGACAAAUAAAGGAUUUUAUAAGAAAAUA